AUGGUGGCGGGCAUCUUUGUUCACUAUAUACAAAUGUUUUAUGGGACUUUGGUUGUUUCUAUUGAAAGUGCUGAAGACACCAAUCAAGCAAUAAGAGUAGAAGUUCAAGGUGAUCAAAAUGUACAUGAAGAUAGAAGGAAGUUGGGUAUGAAUGAAUACAUUGUGAAGAAGUUCAAGUCUCGAAGAAUUUCAACUCACAUUAAAACCAUGGCUCAUGCAAGGCACAAGAACGCCGGUAAUUUCUCUCUCUCGGAGUCUCGGUGGAGUUUGGACCAGCAGACAAUAGCCGAGACAAAAGCCAGGGAAUGUGGAAAGCCAGUGUUCGGAAACAUUUCUCUGAAGUCCACAAGGAUUUGGCCUUACUAG